UAGAGACUUUUACCAGCUUCAGCAGUGUUUGCUACAGCAGUAUAGCCGAUCACAGAACUGUAUCUUUUUCAGUAUUAUGGCAGAUAAAGGACCUAUCCUAACUUCAGUCAUCAUUUUCUACUUGUCCAUCGGAGCCGCGAUAUUUCAGAUCCUCGAGGAGCCGCAUUGGAAAUCAGCCCUGGAUGAUUAUAAAAACCAAACGGACAAUAUAUUAAACAAAUAUCCCUGUUUAAGUGAGAAAGAUUUGAACGACAUAAUUCAGGUUGUGGCUGAGGCAACUGGAAGAGGUGUGGCCAUCACAGGAAAUAAAGAAUUCAACAACUGGAAAUGGGAGAAUGCUAUUAUUUUUGCAGCCACGGUUAUCACUACCAUAGGUUAUGGUAAUGUCGCUCCAAAGACAGGUGGCGGCCGUGUGUUCUGUAUCCUGUAUGGGCUUUGUGGUAUUCCACUGUGCCUCACAUGGAUAAGUGAGCUGGGCACAUUCUUUGGUGGAAGAGCAAAGCGCCUGAGUCAGGUGCUCCUUCAUAAAGGUCUGACUGUGAAAAAAGUUCAGUUCAUCUGUACAGCUAUAUUCCUUUUAUGGGGAUUUCUGGUUCACCUCAUCAUCCCAUCCUUUGUGUUCAUGGUCUACGAGAAUUGGACAUACUUAGAAGGCCUCUACUUCUCCUUUACCACCAUGACAACUGUUGGUUUUGGGGACUAUGUAACAGGUGUGAACCCAGAAGGAAACUACCCAGUACUCUACAGAUUCUUUGUGCAGCUGUGGAUUUUUCUGGGUCUGGCCUGGUUGUCUCUGUUCUUUAGCUGGAAUGUGCAUAUGGUGGUCGAAGCCCAUAAAGUCCUGAAGAAAAGGAGGCUGAAACGUCUCAAGCUUCCCAUCGAUGAUGUACCAAUAACAAAAGAAAUCAAAAAAGCCCCAAAGCCACCACCUCUAUCUGGCGUCAUUGACAUCUUUCAGUUCAUGUCUGAGAAGGUUGAGGACUACAGCGAUGUCAUCCGUGCCAUUGGAGCGGAGGAGAUGCGGAAGAAGAAGCAGCAGCAAGAAGAGGAACUGGCACGGUCCAAAAGCUGCAGUGACCUUCUGCAUGGCCUGGUGAUUCCACUCGAUCAUUCUCCUCGUCUGAAACGGAGAUUCAGUGUCAGCGCCAACAUGUGCAUGGCCAUAUCUGGAGAGUCAACAGAAGGUCUCAACAACAACCAAGAGGGACAGGCACUACUAAAGGAGCCCCACAGAGAUCCUAAGGACCCCAAGCUUGUUGAGAACCUUGAACGCUGUGCAUGGGACUCCUAUCCAACACUCUUUCAGAGCUCUGUCCAAAGCCCUACCAGUACCAUCAAUAAUGGGGAUUCAAGGUUUUCAGUGUCCAAAAUAUCUGAAGACAACAUUUUAGGAAAGAGGCAAAGCAUUGGUUGAAGACGACAUUGAUCUACAAGGUCUUAUCAAAGUUAUUCAGUUCUGUUUAAAUCAUUCAUUUUGAAAGUCGAAGAUUACAAUGGUGGAGCUGAAUUACUGAAAGGGGUAAAGUUAAUGCUCAGUAGCACUUGAAGAACUAAGAAGACUCUAACUCUAAAAAAGGAAGACAUGCUACUAAUGCUACCUCUUCCUAAUUCAAGAUGCUAAAUAUGGCUGCAGUUUUAUGACACUCAAGUGAUUAUUGCUGUUUACAGUAUUGAAAAACAUUCAGGUAACACACAGAGUAUCGAGACAAGUCUGUGACCAAGAUAAGGAUGUAGGAGGGUUGGCAGAGGAAAUGAAAUGGAUUUCCUGCCACGCCUGGACCUUCACAAAUGACAUUGGAAACUUUGGCUGUGCAUGGUUUCGAUUAUAGUCUUUUCUUUCUCUUGAUUAUUGUUACCAAAAUGUCUGCUUGGUCAAAAUCUGCCAAUGUUUGGAAUGGAAUACUAGCAUACUGCAUACCUUGCAGAACAUAUAAAAAUGGUAUUUGAAAUGGUAUGUUUAAACAUUUCAAGCAGUAGUCAGUUUGAGCCUGAUCAAAUAAUGGCUAGGAGAUGUUAAAGUUUUCAUUGAUCAUUUAUCAGUUCAUCCAUCAUAUUGGGAAUGGAAGGUCGAGAUGAGUGCUUUGCAUUGUGGAAUAUAGGAUCCAGAGUAGUGUGUUUGGGUAUAAAAAAGCACUGGUACAGUAUAUUGUGUACUUUAUUUAUACUGAACAUUUUGUUAAAUGUAGUAGGCCAUCCAGGUGUUCCAGGUCAGGGUAGUAAAUUAACCAGUAUUCGGGGGAAGCAAAGAAAUGUGAAAAACUGACCAAAAUAGUCCAGACAUUUAUAAUGUGGAACCUGUAGUGAAUUCCUGUUUUUUUUUUUUUUUUUUUUUUUUUUAAAUGCAUGCACAUCCACACUAAUCCGUUUUUUUCAGUUUCCUAACGUCAUUGUUUUAUAAAGUGUGCGGUACUGGAGAGCAUUUACAAAACGCCCCAUUUUUAGUAUAGGAAAGCAACAUUCUUGUGUGAAUGAGAGGUGUAAAAAUAGCAAAAUUAAAAGUGCUGUAAGUGAUUUAUUUUUUCAUGGAAAAGUAUGCAAAAAAUGUUCCUACUCCCUUAAAGAUAUUAAUGAAAUAAGUGUCCUGAGAUAUAUCACCGGUCUCUGUGACAGCUGUAGACUUUCUAAACACAAAAAUGUGCCGCGGACAUUGACGCUUUUCACCUGUCAGUCAUGUUGCUUGUUCUCAUAGUGUUGUAUUAGAAGCGCAUCAUUGAGGCUAUGAUUCAUAAUGUUUGUCAGUUGAGGGCACUAUUGUUCCACUGUUGAAUUUGACAGCCACAGGAACACACAAUGCUGCUCUUUUGUUCGGUUUUGGUCUCAAAGUUAUCUAUGGAGGGUGGGGGCAUGGCUAAUUAAACGGCUCAGUCACGUGAAAGCUUCAGAACGCUAAAAUUGCUUACAGCACUUUUAAUGCGUUUUCCAAUGGAAGCGUACUAGUGCAUGGCUUAAUAUUUUAUAUAUUUUAUCAAAUGUUAUUUUAGGAUUGUAUACUGUAGUGACCAUUUCAAUUAUAAAGGUAAAUUUCUUUUUCUUCCUUAAAAUCAAUUCCAUGGCGCAAAUAUUGCCCUUUAAAAAAGUUCAUUUCUGAUACUGUUUCAGAAAUGUAAUUUGCAUACAUUACCGUGCACAGUAUACAUACUGCUUAAUUUGCAUUUGGGAAGAAUUGUACCGUACGUAGGUAGCAACUUCUCAGGCUUCCACAAAAUUGCCAACCUAUGAAAGAUUUGAUUAUUGAUGUUCUGUUAUUGGAUCCUGACAGAUUAUGGAUUUUACUUAUUAUUAUUAUUAUUAUUUUGCCUUUUUAUAUUUUUGUUACUAUUUCUUGUUUGCCAGUUAUGCCAGUUUUGAUAUUAAAACGUA